UAAACGUUUUUUUCAAAAGAGUGUAAUAUAAUUCGUCUCGCAGCGUUUAGAAUUAUCCGAACACAUCUAAAACUAUACACUAAACGUCACAAAAAAAGAAGAAGCUUUUUUUUGUUUGUUUUUAAACAAACAGUUGGUGGUCGAUGUACAUAGCAGCUUCACAGAUGACUGCUCAGGAAUAAAUAGAUGGCAGAGAGGACGGUGUGAAGGGUUGCCAUGGUUUCAGCAUGCAAUUAUUUGUGUUGGACGAGGAAGUCGCGUCCGCUUUCAUUUUCGACAUAUAUGAUUACAUUUAACGACAUGUUCGCUCAGCAAAACCCAGCGACCGUCGACGAAGUAAUAAGAGCACCUGGAAAAACAUUCCACAUGUUCUUGUUUUAGUCGAAAGGACCUAUGAUUUUUCUAUGGAAAGCACGAAGGAUGAAAUCAGCUGGAAGUCGCACGGAGUGCCUUGCAGCGCACUUACUGUCCAGAGCAAGUUUGGGACUCCAACACUUGAAGGUACCUCUUGGGCAGCAGAGUGUGAUAAGGACGUCUACAUUACUCAGUUAGUACAGCGACUGGAAAGUCUGCACAUGUCUGCGGUAGUGAACACACAACAGGUAUCUACAAAAUCAUUAGAAAGCAUUUCUAAUGGCUGUGUGGCACAGGAUCCAACCAUCUGUUGCAGCCAAACAAAAUCAUCCCAAGUGUCAAAGAAACAUCAUCAAACCCAGUUAAGGAUGCUGUCACACAGAUGGCAGAGGCUUGGUCUUCAGCCUCCAAUCUUCUGGGACACACAAGAACACAUUGCUCAACAUAAACCUGAGCUAGAAACCAGACCAGAAAUGGAAAUCCACCCCAUGCAGGUCAGCUGCAUUAUUUCUCCAAGGAACAAACAACCAGAUGAGAUCAAGAUAAUCAGUAACUCCCUUUGCAGCAGAUCCAAUAAUGAACCUAUUGAAGUAAAUGUAAUCGAACCAUCCAUAUCAGUUGAAUCUGAAAACAGUGACCUCUCUGACCAAGAGAAAGACAAUAAACCUAUAUUAAAAUGGGAAACUGCUGUAGAAUUGCACCUGAGGCCGGAUUUAUUUGAUAGAGAUCUGGAACCCUCAGUGACUGGAGAAGAGGAGCAAGUGUAUCCUGAGGUUCUUCCAUUUCCGCUUAAAGAUCUUGAAUUUAGCCAGUUCCAAUCCACAGCAGAUGAUUUGGAGAGCCAGCACAGCUUGUGUUUAACCGACCCUUGUCUCGUAGCUAUGGCUGCACGCAUGAUAAAACUGGAGAAACUUCAGACUGCGACUAUACAGAAAGAACAAGGAAAAGCGACAAGAUCUCGUCCAGCAACUGCUUUAGUUCGAAGCGCCAACCGCCUGAGACGCGUGGAAAGCCCCUGUUCUCAGUUAGAAAACAUAAGGACUAAAGGCAAUAAUUCAGUUUUAGAUAAUGUAACAAAACUCACCCUUUCUUCAAGCUCUCAUUCAAAGUCUAUUCAUUAUAAUCGCCCCUCACCAAACGCUGGAAAGGUGUGGACCGGAUUUCAGCAACCACUGGCUUUACCUAAGAAACCACACUCUGGUGUGGUAAAAUUACAGAAGACUGAAGCCCUUAUUCAAGAUCUUGUUGUUCAUUCGAACAUGUCACAAAAAUGCAGUAGUCCAAAUAGCUCGAAGAGAUGCAAACCCUCAAAGAAAGCCAUGCCAAUGUCUCAGAAGACAUCUUCUGACAAGACAAGUGUUCCUGCUAAAGCUCUUUGCAGGAAAACGUGAUAAUUAUUUUUAAGGGUUUUAAGCUUUAGGAUUGACAGUGUGUAAUUACUUGUGUGCAUGUUACUCUAUUUCACCUUCCAAAUUCAAUACAAGUUGAGCUUUAUCAACAACAUUUGUGGCAUGCUGUCAGUAACCAUAGAAAAAUAACUUACAAUAAUUUACAAGUGACGCUAACCACAUGCAGCAGAACUAACUGCAAUACAGUGUUAUUUAAAUAUAUACACUUCCACAUAAAAAAAUAAAACCAGACUAUAAGUCAUUUUGAAAAUUCACCAUUUAUUAAUAUUCUUGUGCAAUACUGGGUGUAUAAUCGGAAUCAACAUGAACAUAUUGUUAUGCUGUGUACAGAUGUCGGUAAUUUCCCCCUUGAGUGGAUAAGAUGACGAGAUCUUGAAAGGCACUUCAAUAAUAGAAUAGGACAGCAGCUGGCCAUCAGGAUCUCUCUCACACUUGGAAUCACAUGUGGCCAUGACAGUAGGGAAAAUUUUAACACUUACCCUGAAAAUAGAAUUGAAAAUGGUUAGUUGUGGUUCAAGGAUGGUUACUUUUAUGGGCGACAUGCAAACGUUUUUUUUUUUUUUUUUUUUUUUUAAAGGAAAAGCAUUACCUCUUGGUUGAUAAAUCUGGAAUGUGUAAUAUUUUUUUUUAAAUGUACAUUAGGUCAGUUUAUUUUAUUUUAGACCUUCACACCUGCAUAUAUAUAUAUAUAUAUAUAUAUAUAUAUAUAUAUAUAUAUAUAUAUAUAUAUAUAUAUAUAUAUAUAUAUAUAGUGUUUGAAUUACAAGCAUGAAUUGCUUAUAAAUAGAAAAUGUAGGUGGUAUUUAAUUUGUUUAGGAAAACGUUUGGUUAUACUCUAUAAAUACAUUUGGAUUUGAAUAAAACCACUAUCAGUAACUAUCAAAUUCUAUCAUAGAUGAUCUAAAUGAUGAACUUCUUAUUUAACCACAUACUGUAUUGUCAUCUUAAAUCAACAGCUUAAUUCUCGUAAAGUCUCGCUCUAAAACAGAAACCUUUUUUCAGAUGAGCUUUCCUUUAAGAGUCUUCUUUAACAGACAGCACCUAUAAUACAAAGAAUAAAUAUACCAGUAUCUUGGUACAUUACAGAAAGCACACAUUCUUGAAAUAUCCUGGGAAAAUACACACUCAUCAGCUGACAUACAAGGUGGCUAAAUCAGUCCAUUUUUAAAGUCUUGAAUAUAAAACGGUCCAAGCACGAAACUCCAAGUCAAUGCAAGGUCCUCACAAAGCUAAACAUAGAUAGGUUAUUCUGUGAU